AUGACGAACCUCACCCACUACCUCCUCCUCAGCUUCUCCUGUCUCCUCUGGAUCCAAUGCACCGCAGCCUUCAAAGCAGAUCCUGUUGGGGUGGUCUACGAGGCUGCCCCUCUCGCCAAGCGCGAGGCGUCCACGGGGUCUUUGGGCGGUGUUAUGCCUGCUAUUGAGGAUUCCGGUGAUUCGGAGAGGCCGUAUGCGGUGAACGGGGAUACUUUUCCGGACAAAGCGUCUGCUGCAGAGAGAAGCUGCAAUAAUCAGUUCGACUCAUGCCAAAAGGCAGCGAACUCCGAUCCCUCGUCGUCCUUUUCGGUUCAGGACUGUCAGUCGCAACUGGACGGCUGCAUGGAGACGUCUGAUUCUCCAUCUUCCACUUCAUCUGCAGACCCUCCCGCUCCAACAAGCGCAGACGAGUCCACGGUCGAGCCCGAGCCCGAGCCUACCCAGGCGCAGACGAUGAUUCCAUACGACGAUGAGUACGACCUCAUAUGCGAUCUGUGA